CUAAGAAGAUGUCCAGUGCAGACCCCCUCACAAAUACAGAGAAGGAGACCAUUAUGGGCCCUCAUGGAAUAAAUCGAGCUGUUCACCGCAUCUCUUUCUCUGAUUGCCAGAAUGGAUUAGGAGUUAAAAUUAUUGGAGGUUAUCGGGCACAAACAGCAGAAGAUUAUGGGAUUUUCAUAAAGAGAAUUCUGCCUGGGGGGGUGGCUGCUACAGAUAGCCGUUUGCUCACUGGGGACCUCAUUCUGGAUGUCAAUGGAGAAAACCUGGUUGGAGUAACAAAUGAAAGGGCUGUUGACAUCUUGAGAACAGCCUCAGCCUCUAAUCACAUGUCUCUGCUCGUUGCUAGAGAUGAAGAAGCAAAGAAAGAAUUUCAUGACCUAAUGGAUAAGUAUGGCUCUCACAGUGACACAGCCUCUGCAAGAACUUCUCCAACACAUCAUUUAGCUGCAAAAUCUAGAGACAGCCUUUCUUCUGGGUCGUCCUCAAGGUCACAGAGUCCUCAGUUGCAGUUGAAGGAUAACAUCACCAGCAGCAGCAGAAAUAAUUCUGUCCCACCACCAUCUCCAAAGCUUCCAAAUGACAGUGCAUUUCAGAUUAUCUCUGUUUGCAAAGGAACAAGCCUAGGUUUGAAUAUUGUGGGAGGAAUUAACAGAAAUGAAGGGCCUUUGGUAUAUAUUCAAGAAAUUAUCCCUGGUGGUGAUUGCCAUAAGGAUGGACGAUUGAAACCUGGGGAUCAGCUUGUGUCCAUCAACAAAGAGUCCAUGAUUGGCGUCUCCUAUGAAGAGGCAAAAAGUAUAAUCAACAGAACAAAGAUGAGGUUUGAAAAUUUUUGGGAGAUAGCUUUUAUUAGGCAGAAAAACAUACAGAGUUUUCCACAGAAUCUGCAGCAUCCUUUCAGCCUCUUAACAUCUUCUGCAGCACAUGGAGAGCAACAGGCUGCAGCUCUUGGUCCUCUUCCCUCUCCUACUGGGAGGCUGCUUUCACCAUUCCCUCCAGAUGCUAUGGAAACUGGAGUCAAGAUGGGAGAGCAAUCUCCAAUUACUGCUCUAGACAGCAAUCCUGCUGAUGUGUCUGCCACGGUUAUUACCCCCAGCCAGAAUGAUGAUUAUGACCCCCAAGGAAAGAACCUGAGUAUUCAUCUCAAAACAGAAAAGCUGGAGAGGGCACUGAAUUAUCUUGGGAUUCAACUCACAGAUGAACAGCAGCAAGCCCUAAGGCAGCAACUUCAUAAAGAUUCUAAAGGAACAGUGUCUUUUGGAGAUUUCAUUGAAGUUUCAAGGAAUCUGUUGUCUGUGCAAUCAGAUGAAACUGAUGAUGGCCACAAAUCUGAAACCUUUGGGAUGGGUGAAGUUGCCAGCUUACAGGACUCACAGUUUGUAACCUAUGAUUCCUUGGAGGAUGAUGUGGAAAAACUUAAGAAAGAAAGAAAUGAAGCUUUAAAAGAAAUUAGCAAAUUAAAGGAAGAACUGUCUGAAUCUGUGAACUUACAGAAGCAGUUAGCAGAGCAGCUUCAAGUAGUCAAGCAAGAAGCCAAGGCAGCUGUGGAGGAGACGCGAGCGCUGCGCAGCAGAAUUCACCUUGCAGAGGCUGCUCAGAGGCAGGCCCGGGGCAUGGAGCUGGACUACGAGGAGGUGAUUCGCCUCUUGGAGGCUGAAAUUGGAGAGCUGAAGGCUCAGCUCGCUGAGCAUUCUGGCCAAAAUAAAGAGAGCAUUCACGACUUGAGAAAGAGGGUUACAGUGCUCGACUGCCAGCUGCGGAAAUCCGAGUCGGCCAGGAAGACCUUUGAGGUGGCCACUGAAAAAUUGCUACAAUUUGUAGAGGUUGUGCAUGAAAUACUUUCAGAUAACUCUACUUCCUCAACAAUUUUAAGUGACAGGAGGACGUUGUCCACUAAAGCACUUCUGGCUCGGCUGGGAAGGGUCGGACCCACUGUCACAGCAGCUCUUGCAGCAGAAGCCAGGGACCUUGCCAAGUCUGUCCGUGCCAUUCUGGAAGUGGAUUGUCUGCCUUAUGGAUGGGAAGAAGCUUAUACAGCUGAUGGAAUCAAAUAUUUUAUCAACCACGUGACACAGACCACGUCCUGGAUCCACCCCGUGACGAGCGCCCUGAGCUUGCUGUGCUCCGAGGAGGAGGAGGAUGGCAUCAGAGACCCCAAGAGCUGAGGACAGCUGUGCACACACAGGAGUUGGUCUGGUUUCAGUCCCUUAGUGAGCAGAUGCACGGGUUUUAAUCUACCUGCUUUCUAGUGUGAUGUAGUGGUAGCUGGUGACAUUUCUCCUCAUCACGCUGGAGGAAGUUCUGCUGGUUUUGAGGUGGGUUUGUUGGUGUGUGCUACAAAGGAUGCUGGUGCCACAGGAUCAGUCUCACCUUAGGGCACAGUCCCAUCUUUUCAUGAUUUCCCCACUGACCCAUCAUUUCCCUGACCUGGAGCAGAAUUUUCCAGGUCAGCUGAAAUUUUCUCAGCUCUGAGCAACUUGUGAUUUAAGGUGGUGGUACCACUGGUGGUAGAUUCCAGAUUCCAUUCCACUGAUGGUUGACUGAGAGAUGCAAAGUGAGGUGGGGUUUUGAACCAAAGUUAGUGAGAAUAAUGGGGAUAAUUUAACUGCAAACUCAUAUUUCUAUGGGAAAAAUCUUCAAAUAAGUUUUGCUACUAGAAAUUUAGUGAUUUAUUAUGAAUAUUGGCGCCCUGAUGACUUUUUAAACAAAUACUUACUAAGAUUGGUUGUUGAGAUUUAGCAAAUGUGACUUUGAUAAGUUGUCAAGUAAAAAGAAAGUUUUCAUAGAGGACAUCAUACUCUGACAACAAUAUGAGGCAAUAUGAAAAUUAUUCUACUUUUGUGCUCUGCUAAACCGAUACAGACACACAUCAAAUACUUCAGUGGAAGCUGUGAAGUUUCAAGUACAAUGAAACCUGUGAAACCACCUCCAGGAUCAGCAGAAAUCAGUCACCUCCUCAGAACUGGUCUUUUAAGUAGAACAAAAUCAUUUUGUACACAUCAGUGAUGUUUUAAAGAGGAUAAAGAAAAUGAUGGGGGGUGCAAGUUAAUGAACAGGUUUCUGUGUACCUCAAUAGCACAGGAUAUUUUAAAUCUCAUUAUUCACAGCACAAUGUCUGAUGUCAGCUUUGUCAAACGUAUGAUUCUGUGCUGCAUUUUUCUAUGUGUGUUGUGUAUAUAAUGGUGGGUGUUUCUAAUGAAUGAGACAGACCUGAACCUGCAGGAGCACCGAUGGAUAUGCCAAAGGAAAUCUCCAUCUCUGCUUCAGUCCAGGAGGGAGAAGGGGAUUGUCGCAGUGUGAGGAGGGCACAGGCUGCAGUCGCAUUUUGUCAGGUCUGUCUUCAGCAGGUGUGGCAUUGGAGUCAAGAAUCCUUGUCCUCUGAGGAAUGAAUAUGAAAACCAGACUCUCUCUCAGUUCUGGUGCCUUGACCAUGCUCUCUGUCCUCAGCAGUGCGGAGCUGUGCCAGGUCAGGCUCCCUGGAACAGUUGAUCCUUUUGAACCAAAAUAAUUCACCUUUUUUUGAAAUCCAAGUCAGGCCUCUGAAUAGCAGCCCAGUAAUCUCCUGCACUUGGCCAGAGAGCUGGAGAGCACAUCACCAAAUGUUCUUCCUGAAGCUCACAAAAGAGGCCUUUACAGGCUUUGCAGGAAGUAGAUGUCAGGGUAUAUUGAAUAAGCAAAUAGGAAAAAUUUGUUUUGUACUUUCAACUGGGUCAGACCCAAAGUAUCUGUGAAUCUACACAGGUGGUGUGGAUUAGGGAAAAAAAGCUUGCUCAGCAGACCUACAGUAACUUACAUUUCUAAGAAAACUUCUCCUAGCAAUAACACAUGAAUGGUUUAGCCAUAUUUGCUCCAGUGGCUCCUGCAUGCUCCACAGCCUCCUUUGUGCUCCCAGAGAGCUCAGGCCAAAGGGACAGAGCAUGUGCUUCAGUCUCAGGCUUGGACAAUCCAGAAGCAUUUUUAUUUAAACCCCUUUUCUCAGAAUGGCACAGACUCAUGACCUACAGAAGAUAUGUCACCUGAAUUCCUUGUGGUGUUUGCUGUAGUAGUCGUUUGGAUGCUUUAUGGCAGCACUUUCUGUUCCUCCUUGAGUGAUGCCCAGCCUGCACAGAGCUUGCACUCCCCAGUGCUGCCCAGGAGAGGUUUGAGCCACCAGUGCCUCUUGCAUCCUCAGGGCUGGGCAGGGUGGCUCAGGGGCUCUGCAGGGCAGGGAGAGCAGCUCAGAGCUGUCCUGUGCAUCAGCCGCAGGGCACGGCUCUGCACGUGCUGCCCUGCUGGGCACGGGCACAAUCUGCCUGCUCCUCUCGCUGCCGCCUCCCACACACCCAGCGUGGCACAAACCUGCAGCCUCGUCCUCUCUCUCUCUCUCUCUUAUAAACUUGCCUAGAAAUUAAAGAUGUUAGAAAUAGAUCUCUGCAUCUCUUCAGCUGCUCCAGUGAGCGUUUCCCUCCUCAGAUAAUCCACCAGUUCACAUUCUCCGGGGUUGAGAAUACAUUUUCUUACCUACCAUCUCCAAAUGUUCCAAUCUAUUUUUGUACUCUGGUAUACUUGUUUCCUAGGUUAUUUCUCUUGAUCUCCCCUUAUCUCUUCCUUUAUGUGAAAUAGUUUUGUGAAAAUUAUUUUGCUUAAGCUGAACUGUGUAUAUUGAGAAAACGAUUCUAGCAUAACUUGGAACAGAAUUUGUAAAGAGCAGUUGUCAACAUAUGCAGCACUGUAAACGGCAAAUUUUAAUUUUUAUUCCUCAAUUUAAAAACUUAAGUGGAAAAGAUACUAAAGUGCAUGUGAUAGCCUUUAA